CCAAGCCGUCGGCUUAUUCUCGACUGUGCAUCCGUCCUCUUUUCGUGCAGUAGUCAGCUGGUGGCUUGCAUACGAGGUGGUUGGAUAGUGGCGUCCGUUUUGUGGUGACUUGGACGAGCUAAGCCCCUGCACCAGCGACUGAAGGAGGCGUUGGCCGCCACUGGAUCCCGCUGCUUCUUCCUACUUCGGCUGCCGUAUACAACGAAGCGAGGGUGACCGUUUGUAGGUCGCCGCUAGCCAGCAGAGGUUCCACCACAGACGAUCCUGGCUGGCCUCAGCGAAGGACAUGCCUUCGAUAGAGGCUACUCUGUUCUUAGUAGUCUUUCUACUGACUACGUUUAUUAUGUGGGCCGCUCGGAGACGCCACAAGCAGAGUGUCCUCAGGAGGUACGGAAUUCCCGGACCGGAACCAAGCUUACUUUUUGGAAAUUACACGGAGCUCAAAAAGGACCGAAUCAAGGUCAUGGAGCAGUGGGCCCAAAAGUAUGGAAAGAUAUACGGUUUCUACGAAGGCGAGGUUGCCAAAGUUGUCAUUGGCGAUAUUAAUAUUGCGAAGGAAUGCUUCGUUAAACGAGCCCACGAAUUCAUCGAUCGGCCACCGAUGGUAACCGACAUCGAAUCCAUUUUGAACAGCCUCAUAGGUCUGAAAGGGGAUGAAUGGAAGACGGUGCGAAAUCUACUCAAUCCUAGUUUCACUUCAGCAAAGAUGAAGCUAAUGCUAGGCAUUAUACAUCAUUGUUCAGACACGCUGCUGGAAAUCCUUGGUGAGCAAGUGCCCCCACACAGACGCACGGCUGUAAAUCUCUCCAAGCUGUCUCAAGGUGUCUCAAUGGACGUCAUUACCAAGUGCUCUCUUGGAUGGCAGUCUGACUGCCAGAAGAACGUGGAUGAUCCCGUCAUCAGCACAAUCCGAAAGAUACUGUUGAAUUCAGGGAACGCCAUCAAUGACGUGUGCAUACUUGUGCCUUCACUCGGUACCAUUAUGUCAUACAUAUUUCCACUGCUCAGCUACGGGAGGCUGUUCACGAGCAUGCAGGACAACCUGCAUCAAGUGUUGCAAGUGCGCAAGCAGGGAACACCUGCGGUAGCGGACAUUGUUCAGCUGAUGGUUGAGGCCCAGAAGAAUGCCGCUAGCGACAAUGAGGGGCACAAUGAAACAGUGACGUCAGCAGUGAGCGACAUUAGGCCCAAGACCAGCUUCAUCAAGGACACGCACAUUGUGUCUAAUUGCUUCGUCUUUCUGGUUGCCGGUUACGAGACAACUGCCAGCACGUUAGCGUUCACACUCUACGAGUUAGCUCGACACCCCGAAGAGCAGCGCCGGCUUCACGAUGAACUGAUGUCUUUCUUCCCGGACAAAGAUGUACUCAGCUACGAAGAUUUGCACGCACUCAAGCGAUUUGACGCGGUGAUCCGAGAAUGUCUGCGUCUCUACCCGCCUUUGGUGCUAGUUACGUCGCGCAUAUGCACCAAAGACACUCGGCUGACAAGCGGCCACGUCAUUCCGAAAGGUUCACACAUAAUCUUGCCGACGUGGAAUGUUCUUCACGACGCCGAUCUGUGGAGUGACCCUUACGACUUCAAUCCGGACAGGUUCAGCGAGCGUCUCGAUGGGGAGCGCCUCGCGGCGUCCACCGUUUCGUUCGGCUUUGGACCGCGUGAAUGCAUCGGUAAGCGCCUCGCUCUGCUCGAACUCAAGGCUGUCCUCUCUAAACUCGUCAGAAAGUACAAAUUCAGCGUAUGCGAUGAAACACAAAUUCCCAUGAAAGUAAAGGUUCCCCUCAUCAACGUCUUUCCUGAACGUGAGAUUGUGCUUGGCGUCGAGGUACGCUGUGCACGAAAUGCGUAGGCCAACAGCCAGCCUGUUGUACGCGGGCAGCGCAAACAUUUUACAGGAAGAGCCCUCGUACGCCUUUUUCACCCCUCAAGGCAUUCAUGCACUAAACUUCAGGCAUCUUCAGGUACUAUUGCCUCACAAACUUUUUCGUUAACCAUCAUGAGCACUUUUCUAAAUUCAUGGUCAGUUUGACUAAUGUUUCCUUUGCUCGGCUUGGUUCGACCUCACAAAACUCCUCGGAUAUAAACGCUGUCUACGUCUUGACGUGCGAGCUGUAAUAAAAACUUGAAUGUAGGCGUCUACAGAAAUUUAAACACACACUAAGGUGCACCAGUGACAGCUGUUCAGAAUAACAAAAACCAAACAAGAGGCCUUGAAUGAUCACCAGCUUCAUUGUGGUGGCUGGUCAUGAAAAUGAACCCGCAUCAUAACUAGCGACCAUACUUCACCACCAUUUACUUCCAUAAUUCUAAUUUUUUUUAGCUUCUCAGGCUUUUCACACUCAUCUUACAUAUUUUACAUCAUCCUUCUGUGUGACGUUGGUAGAGGAAAUGCUCCUGUUUCCGUUGAUGAAUGUACAGUAAAAUAAAAAUGGUGAGUUGAAAUAAUG